AUGGAUAUCGCUGCAGUCGAGGAUAUACAAUCCCUCUGCCCGCUUGAGCUAGAUGACGAGGGUGAAGGUCUACCGGCGUACGAGGAGAGUGUAAGCUCGGGCUUAUCAUCGUUUGGCGCGGAAGAUAGGGAGGGAGAUGCAAGUCCUCGGAGCAACAAGUACUCUUCGCAAGGAGCCAUCCAUCAGAUCCUCGCCAUCAUCUAUCUUCUCACACGAUACUGCUCUACCGGCCUAUCAGCCCCCUCUCGCCCACCCUUCCCGCCCACACGGGAGCGGCUCCGCCCUCACCCGUUCUCUUUCCCGCAAAUACGGCAACUCGCGCCAGACCCAAAAGACCGAGCUCACGCGGACCGGACUCGCCCGGACGACUUUGGCUCAGCCUACGCGCAACAAUCAAGGACGACCAUCACGUGCGCCUUGUCGCUCUACGGCGGCGCGCUCGUCCUCUUCGGAACGGCGGACGGACUGCGCGUAGCCAAUGUGUCGGAAGAAGUGCCGGUCCGCGUCGUGUGGACCGGACUGGCCGUAUGGGACAUCCGUGUCCUCCGUUGCGUCGAAGAUGGCGACAAGACCCCUCGGGGAUCUGUGGCGGUCCUCUGUGGUGGACAGGAGGAUCCGGCGCGUCCUGGAAGACCCAAAGGGAAGAGUGGGGAGGUGGAGGUGAGAGUCUGGCGUCUAGGGAGUCUGGCGAGUCUGGCCAAGUGGACGGCGGGGCGUGAGAUGGGGUGGAAAGGGCUAGAUAUGGCGGAAGGGGCCAAAGACAAGGGCAAAGCGAAGGGGAAAGAACGGUCAUUCUUCUCGCCGUUUCGCAAGGCUAGCUCAUCAGCUGCGGUCCCAGCCGGAAACGUACUAGACGACCCGACAAUACCACUUGCCAAAGCCUGGUCGGCGGACUGGAUCCGGCUCGAUGCGCGCACGACGGGCAAACCGGCCGAUGUCCUAGCCUUCUCGCUCCGACAACAGGGCGAGACGGUGUAUAUCGCCAUCGCCACCACGACCCAUAUCCUCCUCCACGUCGGCGUCGUCGUUCCCUCUGGCGUCUCGUUUCGGUCUACCCGAAAGUUCUACCUUCCGUUCGCACCCGCAGCUAUCGGGCUGCUGGAGGUCCUCACGCCAAACGGGGAGCCUAGCCUCGGGAUCUGGAUCAGCUUCAGUACGGGCGGCAUGAGCAUGGCCAGCGUUAUCCGGAACAGCGACUCUGCUGUGCUGGAUUUUAGUCCGCCCUCGGGUCAAGGCGCGGGGAGGGGCGGGAGUACAGCGGCAGCAGGGUCAGCGUGGACGGAGAUGCAGAAUGUCUGGACGAACGGGCGGGAGGUGUAUGCGUUCCACCGCGGGGGAGAAACGAUCGUCUACCCCGCUCCGCUGCGCUUGCCCAUCGCUGUCCCGCCCAUCAUCCACACGACGUGGCCGCGGACGCCCCUAUCGAGCCUGAUCGUACCGGACGGCAACGACUUGCUGCUCAUUACCACGAGCAAGGAAGGCGAGAUAUGCACCCAGCGCGCCAGGGCGAACGGGGAGGCGUAUACCCUAGACCUGCAGGACGGGACGCAGAUAGGCGAGGGCCGGCUCCUGCCGUUGGCGUGGGGGUAUAUCCGGGAUGGCGUCUAUGCGAGCGUCAGGGAGAUGAAGGAUUGGCGAAUCUGUGCGAUAGAGAAGGUGUGA